AUGGGAAACGUUUGCUCCGAGGCCCCUAUGAUGGGAACAGAGGUAGCCAUUCAGAAGGGCCUUCCUCCCAUGAAGAAAGCGACGGGCCCGAGCGUGGCAAUCGUCUACUACUCCACCUAUGGCCAUGUGAAGGUCGUGGCAGACGAGAUCAAGAAGGGUUUGGAGUCCACGGGUGUCAGUGUGGACCUCUUUCAGGUGCCAGAGACCCUUCCACCCUCAGCUCUUCAAGCUAUGGGGGCCCCAGAGAAGCCUUCAGAUGUGAUGCUGCUGGAGCGUGAGUUCCUGUCCGAGCUGCCGAAGUAUGAUGGCUUCAUGUUCGGCAUGCCCACUCGCUUCGGCAUGAUGGCUUCGCAGAUGAAGGCCUUCUUUGACGGAACUGGGAGCCUCUGGCAGAACGGGGCCUUGGCGGGAAAGCUGGGCGCCACCUUCGUUAGCACCGGCACGCAGCAAGGGGGACAGGAGACCACCCACUUCACAGCCGUCACGCAGCUUGUGCACCAUGGUAUGUGCUAUGUCCCUUUGGGGUACCAGGCAGGCGGCGACGGCCAGUUUGACCUCAGCGAGAUCCACGGCGGAUCUCCUUGGGGUGCCAGCACUUUGGCCGGUGCGGACGGCAGCCGGCAGGCAUCGGCGCUGGAGCUGAAGAUCGCUAAGAAGCAGGGCGAAGUCUUCGGCACUGCUGUGAAGCGCACGACUGCGCCAGCAGCAUCGAAGAAGGCGAAGGUCUGCAUUGUCUACUACAGCAUGUACGGCCACGUCAAGAAGCUGGCUGAUGAGAUCGCUGCCUCUAUGAAGGAGGAGGGCGUAAGUGUGGACAUGUUCCAAGCACCGGAGCUUCUGGGUGCCGACGUGCUGAAGAAGAUGGGAGCUCCUGCAAAGCCGUCGGACGCGAUCAUGGAUCAUGCGAAGGUCCAGCAGCUGGCGGACUACGAUGGCCUCUUGUUUGGUAUCCCCACCCGCUUCGGGAGCGCGUCAGCCCAGAUGAAGGCCUUCUUCGACAGCACUGGCUCACUGUGGCAGAGCGGUGCGCUUGCAGGGAAACUGACGGGGAGCUUCUGCAGCACCGGCACCUUGAACGGAGGCCAGGAGUCCACCCACAUGACCACGCUGACCAACAUGGUGCAUCACGGCAUGAUCUAUGUACCCCUGGGCUACCAGGCCGGUGGUGAUGGUCAGUUCGACAUGACGGAGAUCCACGGAGGCUCACCCUGGGGUGCCAGCACAUUUGCCGGCGCGGACGGCAGCCGCCAGGCCAGCGCCACGGAGCUGAAGAUUGCACGGCGCCAAGGAAAGGUCUUUGCAUCCAAAGUGAAGCAGAUGAUGAAGAGCGCGAUCUGCUAUGUGCCCGUGCACGACAACUACAUGCUGAACAAGCAAGCUCUUGCUUCGAAGUCCAAGCCUAACGGCGGGCAGAAAGCGGAGCUGCUGGCCUCCGAGAUCUUCCUCUCCAUGGCCAGGAGAUGCGAGCUACUGCGGGAGCUCCUGAAACAGGAGGGUGCUGAGGCCGAGGCCGUCUGCCAUGUCCUAGAUUAUGAGCUGCAGCAUGGGACACAGCUUCUUGAAGAUUCGCCCAAGUACUGGGCCUCGCGGCUGCCUGAAGGCUACCUUCGCACGGUGCCGACGAAGGCAUUGCUGAACCACUUCGCGGCCCACUCGCCGCUGGUAAAGGAUGGUCAGCGGCUGGCCGCCGUCUUCGGCGUGGACAACCUCGCAGGAAUGGCCUCCUGGAACAACCCCGCCGAGCUACUGGACAAGACCGACCUGGUCCUUAUCUCCCGGCAGGCGGAGAGCAUCCAGCUGAGCCAGGAUCCGAGUGCCUUGCUCUCGGCGCUUCGAAGCUUCCAGAUUGAUGCGCAGGUGGCGAUCAAGUAUCGGGAAAAGGAACUACUCGGAUCAUCCCUUGGAUCCUUCGAGAAUUCUGCUGCCGCGGGCGUGGCGUCCUUGUUCCUGCUCCCGGCACUAGCGGGGCCUGACGAGGCCCUUAGCUCCACGCGCAUCCGUGAGAGUGUCGUCGGCUGCGCGCGGCUGCUGAAAGAGCACGGCUACCCGAAGACGGCUUUGGUGGCUCUCAGCCAGGACGUCCUCUCCAGUGCCGCGGCGCUGCAGGCAGCGCGUGCUGAAGCCGAGGCCCGCGGGGAGCUGGAAGAGCCUGGCGGCCCACCCGCGAAGUCCACUGGUGUUGGAGGGCUGGUGCUCAACACCCUACCUUAUGGCGAGUCGCUCCUCACUUUUGCGCCCCAGCGCGGGAACGCGCAGAUCCAGUACAACGCCGUGCGGCCCGCACAUGAGCACAUUGAGCUGACGUUAGGCGUUGUAAAGCUCGUGGGCCUUGAGGUGCAAGGUGAGGUUCUUCCAGGUCCUGGCUUCUCCUUUCACGUCUGGCGCAAUGCCAUGGCGAUGAUGGGCAUCAGGCCGGAGCUUUCCUUUGGGCAACAGUUCCUGCUUGACCUCGACGAGAGCGGUAACACCUGGAGGGUUACGAAGGAUUCGAUUACUGGCAUCGCCAAGCACGCCAAGCGCAGCACCUGGCGGAGAGGCGGUGAUGAUGACGAGGAGGAGGCGGAGGAGGACGCAGAAGACGAUGGUGAUGAUGAUUAUGAUGAUUGGUUUGAGCCAGAACUGGCACGCAUGUCGCAGCUCGAACGGCUGCAGGUUGGUGUGGCCAUAGUCGCAGAUAUCCUGCAGUCCAGCAUGCGUCGCGUGACCAGUCAGCCCGCACGCGAGGCAUAUGCUACCUUCUUGAUUGGGUUGGAGCUCAGCUUGGAGCCAGGGACUUUGGAAAGCUAA